AUGGAUAUGACUGCAAUCCUCCAGAAUGAUGAAAGUGAAGAAGUCCAAUACAUACUCAAUGAUGCUGAAUUUGUGUUAGAGCCAUCCGAUGUAAAAACUGAAGGCACCAAUGAUGUUGUUUAUACUGAUGGAAGCCAAACUUACUUAAUAAAUAGCAAUAUUAUAAGAAGUGAUGAACAAACACUUGUACUCCAAGAAGGAGACAAUAUUGGCCAACUAUUAGUCAACAAUGAAAUUGGACAAAUAUUGGUAGUAGGUGAUCAGCUUUCAACUGAAAACCACUUGAUUAAUGAUUCCACAUAUGUGCAAUAUGUUGUUGAAGAUGGCAAUGAUGUAGAACCUUCAGAAAUCCUCUAUGUUAGUGAGGACAGCACAACAAAUGAACAUGAGGAUGAGGAAUCUUCCCUCCAACAACUAGAAUAUGAGAACAUUUGUUCUUUUGACGAAUUACAACUAGCCCAAAGUCAAGUUAUAGACCUAGAGGAAUUAUUCCAACAAGAUGGGAACAUCACAGAUCAGCAAAAUGGGUACCAGUAUGCCAUCUUGAAAAACGGGAAACUGCACAUCCAGACUUGUGCAGCUGAACCGGCAGACACCUCAUUGAUAACUGGGAAAAACCUCAUCACAGGUCAAACAGUCUCUUUGGAAAGCUACAUCAACAAACACCAGUCUAGUGUAGUUCAAUCUACAGUCAAAAGUGGUUCAAGAAGUCAAAGGGGAAAGCUCAAUGGACUCUUGAAUAGGACAUUCAGAUUGGGGGCAAGUGUUAAUGGAAAGCAAUUGGUGGGGAAGGUGGUCCAAGUGAAAACUAAUGUGGAGAAAGGUGGGUGUUUGCAAGGAAAUCAUUCAGCUGCAGCUAAAGCAGGUGGUUCCAAAUCAAAAGCCCACUCUAUCACCUCCUUCCAACAAUUAACAGACAGUCUAAAAUCAGCUGUCAAUCAAAAUUCGGAAAUCUUUCAUUUACUGAGUCGUACGUUGACCGAUCUCAUGGAUGUGGAAGACAUCAAGGCGAAGUUACUGGGAAAAAAGCUAUUCGUGAUGAUGGACAGGAAAUCUCAAGCCAACAAAAAAACGUUAAGCAAGAAGGUGUACUAUAGCGGUGGCACUGUGCAACCGAACGACGUUCCAACAGAGGACGACCCGCAAAAGUGGAAAUUCGUGGCAGAUUUUCUCACGAGAGAUUAUUCGGUGGGUGGAGGAAUGCGGGACUGCUUGAAGCGAAUGUUCUUAAACGGCAAGUACCCGGACGUAGUAAAACUGACGUUGAAAGUGACCAACGAGAAAAACAACAAACGCCAAAUCCGCGUCGUCAUUGAACCGGAAACACAUUGCUGCAGCAAAUGCGCAGACGCUUUCUCGACAGUUGACGAAUUGACGGAUCACGUGGUCCGAGCGCACGGCGCCAGCGGCAAUUUAGGGAACUCGGGACCGCUCGGCGAGCACACGAAGCGACGGCAAGCCGCCAUAGGUCGAGGCGAUCGUGUGUUUCCGUGCGAUUUCGUUGGUUGUGGGCAGUGUUUCGAUACGGAUAAUCUCAGGUUGAGACACUUUCAGACUCACCACGCAGCAGAGGCUAACAGCUCACCGGACGAUCCGCUGACCAUUUCGAAUUAUCAGUGUGCUAUUUGUCCCAAAGCCUUUUCUAGCGUCUGGAAUUUGAAUGCCCACAAAAAAAGUCACGGGCCUAAUAAAGUAUUCGGGUGCGAUCUAUGCAAGAGGACUUUCACUAGGUGCUCCAAUUUACAGAGGCAUCUGGCCGUACACCAUCAAGGAUCAGGAGAAAUGCAUCAGUGUAAAAUUUGCGGAUGCUCUUACCACUAUGUCUCGUCUCUUACCAGGCAUGUGGUCCAAAAUCACUUACAAAGGCAAGAAAUGAAUGUGGAUAUGAAGGGUACAUAA